AGCGUUCAGAUCUUCGCCGCGUCGAUCGCAGAUAUCGAUAAGGCGCUACAACCCAAGAAGCCCGUAAACGUACGAGCACUACUACUAGCGCAGUAUCAAGAGUUCUACGAGCUCUUUAACCCAAAAGAAGCUGAGAAGCUGCCACCGCACCAAGGGCCAGGAGGACCUCUUUAUAGUAUGUCGCGCGGAGAGCUUCUAGUCCUCCAAAAGGAGCUUACGUCACUCCUUAAGAAAGGGUUUAUCCGCGUAAGCAGCUUGCCAGCCUUAGCUCUAGUAUUGUUCGCUAAGAAGCCUAGGGGAGGGCUCCGACUGUGUAUCGAUUAUCGGGCUCUAAAUGCGAUUACAAAGAAGGACCGGUAUCCAUUACCACUUAUUCGAGAGACGCUCAAUAGCUUAAGCAAGGCUAAGUGGUUCACGAAAUUGGACGUUAUCGCAGCCUUCCACAAGAUCCGCGUCGCACCAGGCGAUGAGUGGAAGACGGCCUUCCGUACGAGAUUCGGAUUGUUCAAGUGGCUAGUUACCCCCUUUGGCAUGGCGAACUCCCCAAGUACCUUCCAACGAUAUAUUAACUGGACCUUAAGAGAACACCUAGACGACUUCUGCUUAGCUUAUCUAGACGACGUGCUAAUCUAUACUGACGGCGAUCUACGCCAGCAUUAA